CAGUUACGCCACAUCCGCUGCUGUUGUUGACAUUAGUGCACUUUCGAGGUUUCCCUUAUUUAAUAUUUGAUCAAAUAAAAUUAGCGAUAUUUUGCAUUUUGUUUAUGCAAUGCGUAAAAUAUAAAAAACUCGUGAUUUCCAGAGCGCGUGCUGCAAGUCAAGUAGGAGAUGUGUAAUGAGUAUAUUUAUAAAUCUCAAUAACAGCAGUUGAACAUCCUCGAAUCAGAUCAUUAUUAAAGUAUAUUGAUUAAACUAAAGAUGAUGAAGAGAGCCGUGCGACACACGCGGAGAGGCAGACCGAGUAAAAGCAGAGGAAAACCUGCAGUAGUGGAUGAACUUCGAGAAGACAGACAUGAGCACACAGGCCGAAUGAGCAGCGAGUUCUGUCGAUUGUGUCAUGGGAAGUUUUCCACGCGGCGACUGCGGCAGGCAUUUGCGCAGCUGCAGGAAGAGUCGUGCGGCGUUUAUCCGCUCUUCUGCACAGACUUCCAGCGGCUGUUAGGAAUUCCCAUGAACAGAGACCCCAGUCUGUCCCAGUUCAUCUGCAACAACUGCCACGCUCAGUUCUACAAGUGUCACAGUAUACUGCUGAACUUUAGGAACAGGGUCAACCUCAACCCGUUCACUGCAGACAGGAACAGCACUGAAAACUCUUCAACAAAAGAUGACAUCAGUUUAUUCCCGUCACACAUGAAGUCAGACAGCAGGUGUCUGCACGAUCUGGUGUCUUGGGCUCACGAUCAUGCAGAGGGCUGCCGUUCCUGUCCUGACCUGCGAGAGGUGCUGGAGGGGCAGUGCCGGGGGGCUCUGAAGGUUGUGUGGGCUUGUGUGGAGGGUCACAGGUAUGUGAUGGACACCAGCACUGGCCUGACAAACACUGACACUCAAUCUGAUGCAUAUGAAAGAAGAAAUGAGAACCACCAACCAGCAUCCAGAGCUGAGAGCGGAAAAACUCACAGCAACACUCCUGCAGGCCGAACUGGAGUCCUGCAGUGUGGUGAGCAGACGGCACAGCUGACAGACAGAGAUGAUGCAGACAGUGAGCUCUCAGACAGGAACAUGUUGAGUGAUGAUGAUGAGUGUGAGGAGAAGACGAAGAGCUGUUCAUCUGAAGAGAGCUCUGAUGUGAACCCAGACAAACGUUCUUCAAAGAGAAACAACAGCAAAGAGCCCAAGCCACUGGAAUCCAAAGCCCGGAGGAAGCCUGGACCGAAGCCUGGCUGGAAGAAGAACCUCAAGUCAGAACGAGAGGAGCUGCCCACCAUCUACAAAUGUCCUCACCCAGGCUGUACAGCGGUGUACAGAGGAGCUGACGGCAUGAAGAAACACAUCAAGGAGCAUCACGAGGAGGUGCGGGAGAGACCCUGUCCACAUCCAGGCUGCAACAAAGUCUUCAUGAUCGACAGAUACCUGCAGAGACAUGUCAAACUCAUACACACAGAGGUGCGGAACUACAUCUGCGAUCAGUGCGGUCAGACGUUCAAACAGAGGAAACAUCUGUCUGUGCAUCAGAUGCGGCACUCAGGAGCCAAACCUCUGCAGUGUGAGGUGUGCGGUUUCCAGUGCCGUCAGCGAGCUUCUCUCAAGUAUCACAUGACCAAACACAAGGCCGAGGCAGACCUGGAGUUUGCCUGUACGUUAUGUGGCAAACGCUUUGAGAAGGCACACAAUCUGAACGUGCACAUGUCGAUGGUUCAUCCACUCAUGCAGGGGGGAGUUCUCUCCAUCCCUCCAGAGUCAGACCCUCAGAAUUCAUCAGCGCAACACACUGACCUCCAAUCAGACCAGACCAGGACUGACUCAAACCCAUCAGACAUGAACUAUGUGCAGGAGAAUCUUCCGUCCAAACUCAUGGAUGGCACCGUCGUAUAGACUGAUUCAAUCGCAUGUGUACAGCAGGAAGUGAACAGUGUUUUAAUGAUGCAGAGCUCAUCACAUUUAUGAUGUCUAAAAAUAUUACAACCAUCACAUGUGCAAUUAAACAUGCUCAAACGAACAGAUUACAGCUUUGAUCCAAAACCCUAGUGAGCUGCCAUGAAAUCUACUAUCUACACCAUGUGCGUCCAUUGACGUGCCGCAAUGACUUGGCUGUCCAAGCUGGACGUGUUGAAGUCUCUAUUCUAAUAGACGUGUAGAAAUCAUAGAUCAGCUGAUAAUAUAGGCAAAAUAGUCAAACUAGUUUAAUCAAUAUUUUUCAGUAUUGAAUGAAUAAUUUUUAUCAGUGUUUAAUAAAUUCGGUUUAGAAUAAGCAGGGUUCCUACAGUAAUGAAAAACCUUGAAGUAUCUAAACUUUUAAUUGUAUUUUCCAGACAUGGAAAAGUCAUGGAAAUUAAUACAAUUCUAAAAAACAAAAUCUAUAUUCACUAUAGAAUUUUAUAUUUUCUAGCUUUGCUCGCCACUACAAUAUUUCAUCAUCUAGAAAUAUCUCUUUGUGAGUCCAAUCUCUAUAAAAUUUAUAUAAAAUUCACUAACUGGAAAAGUCAUGAAAAUGCAUUGGUCAAAAGGUGUGGGAAACGUGGAUGAAAACAUUUCUUGUUUAGUCAACCUUUGAUGUAUUUUUCACUGGGCUCUUCACAGUGUGUUCUAGAAUUGCAAGAAUCUCCAUUUAGGACACAAUACUGCUUUAGACCUUGACCAAAAUGAGGCAUGGUGUUGCUUCCUAUCUUUAAAUCACAACACAACACUGCUGUCUAAGUAGGCAGCUCACUAGGUUUUGGAAAAGAGCUAAUGACAGAUUUUCAUAGACAUGUGUGCUGAUGAUGUCAGUCCAGACACUGGGUCUCAUUCACAAACUGUUAAUGUGUGCAAAUGUUUUCUUGCAAAGUUCACACAUUUUUUUUCCUAAAUGUAGGAUCUAGAACCAAAACACAUAUGCAAAAAGAAAUCACUGGCAGAGUUCAAUUUUAAAUAUUUAUUUAUACUGUGAUAAUAUGUUAGAAUUGAAUAACUAAGUGACCCAACGAAGUGUCUUAUUUCAGAGUAACAAAAAUGAUACGUAACCAUUUUAGACAGGUUCUGUAUAAAAAAGCAGCUGACGUGUAGUUGUGGUCUAGGUCUGUAUAAAGUUGUUUAUUGUGCACACUUUGGAAAGGUUUGGUCUCAGGUGACAGCACACAUUUAGAGAUAUGUUUGCAGAGAGUGACCAAUAGCUGUACAGGAGAGGUUGUAUGGAAAGCAGAGAGAGGGCAAGAACAUUUACGUGCGUACGCACCUGUUCUGAAUCCAGCAGAAAU